AUGUCCGCCAUUACCAGUAGCUUUGAAAUUGAUUACGAGCAAGCGCUAACGCUUACCGGGUUCGGCUGGUUUCACUACCGGCUGCUAGCACUAUGCGGAUUAAUAUACGCCAACACGGCAAUCGGCAUUACGGUAAUGUCUUUCGUGUUGCCGUCCGCUACCUGCGACUUUCGUAUGACUUCCGAAGAUAAAGGAUGGCUAACGGCGGCCCCAAUGCUUGGUAUGGUGGUAGGUUCUUACUUCUGGGGUUGCCUUGCAGAUACCAAGGGUCGACGGAUCGUGUUGAUUGCGGCGCUACUGCUGGACGGUACCGUUGGAUUGUUAUCUACCGCUGCGCAAAUUUUUCCCAUCUUUAUGUUUCUUCGGUUCAUCAACGGAUUUGCCAUUACCGGUGCAAUGGGCAUUUGCUUUCCUUACCUGGGCGAGUUUCAGCCUACCGCAUAUCGUGAAAAAAUCCUCUGCUGGAUGGAGCUGUUCUGGACGCUGGGCAUUGUUGUGCUGCCGUGUAUUGCUUGGAUAGUCAUACCGUUACCGUUACAUUUCGGAACACCCGAUGGGAGUAUAAUGUUCGGCAGCUGGAACGUGUUCGUAGCACUCUGUGCCAUUCCAAGCCUCCUAUUAGGAAUAUGGUUGCUGUACUUUCCCGAAAGCCCUAAGUUCCUGAUCGAAUGUGGUGAGCCGGCCCUUGCAUUAGAGAUACUGAAGGACAUUUAUCACAUCAACACCGGUUAUGAUCGCAACGAAUGUCCGAUUGGCCGACUGAAGGAGUCAGACCGUAGCAACACGAUCAUGGAAACGCACAAUCGCUCAAUACGCACGUUCAACAUACACGAUCCGAAGCACAUGAAGAUCCUGCUGCCGGAAAUUUGGGAACAAACGAAAGCGCUGUGCAGUGUCGAGUUUCGGCGCAACACGGCACUUGCCUGCGUGAUCCAGUUCGGCAUCACCACCAGCUACUACACGCUGAUGAUCUGGUUUCCGGAGCUGUUCGGGCGGUUCGAGGAGUAUGAGAAGCGUUACCCUAACGCAACCGUAUCGGUGUGUGACGUGUCGUCCAUCGUGCUUGAGAACGUGAACGAUACGCACGUGGACGACUUUUGCGGUACGCCCAUUGACACGAAAGUGUACUGGCAUACCCUUUUGCUGGGUAUUGCCUGCAUACCGACCAGCCUAUGGUUACCGUUGUGCGUUCCGCGACUUGGAGCCAAAUUUUUCCUCAUAUUCAGUCUGACGGUGGCCGGUCUCGUUACUGUUGGGCUCGCGUACGUUGGCAACUCAACGGAAAAUCUCAUUCUUUCCUGCAUUUUCGAAGCACUUACCUCUAUGGGGAUCAGCACCGUUUACUGCGUAAUGGUGGAUCUAUUUCCAACCAAUUUACGAGUAAUGGCAGCUGCAUUUUCGCUCACCUUUGGUCGCUGUGGAGCGUUGCUGGGAAACCUUCUGUUCGGCUUUCUCGUCGAUUUAAACUGCUUCGUCCCUAUAGUGCUGUUUUCGAUAAUGCUCUUCGGUAGUGCAAUAUUGUGCUUUUUUCUGCCCAACACAGGAACUACAGCUCUUCAGUAGUGACCUAAAA